AUGUACCACUCGUCGGCGGCGCCGGACACGUACGGCCGCGUGCUGGUGGGCGGCAGCAAACCGCACGUCGGGUACGUGUUCGCCAACGUGACGUACCCGACGGAGCUGAGCCUAGAGGCGUUCUUGCCGCCGUACAUGGACCCGCGGCACGACAGCGCGCGUCCGCGGGUGCUGCCGGCUCCCGCGGAGGUCGGGUACGGCGAAGCGACGGCCGUGAAGUUCGUGAUACCCGCCGGUGCGGGUGCGGGCGGGGAGGUGGUGUGGGUGGCCGCGGUGGCUCCGGCGUUCGCGACGCACUCGUUCGGGAUGAACCAGCGCGUGGUGGAGCUGGGCGUGGGGAGGGUGGCGGAGCUGGACGUCGGGGUUUACGAGGCCGUGGUCGCCGCGCCGCCGACGCCCGGGGUGGCGCCGCCCGGAUACUACAUGUGGUUCGUGGUGCACGCCGGCGUGCCCAGCAGCAGCGCCGAGUGGGAGCCCACCACACCGUCCUCGUCGUUCCAGGGAGAAUGGCAGCUCCUCCAUGCGAGCAUCGGCGUCUCGGUGAUGCACAUGCAGCUGCCGCCGGAGGACUUCGUCCUGAUGUUCGACCGCACCGACACGGGGCCCUCCAACAUCUCGCUGGCCGCGCUGGCGCCGUGCGCGGCCACCGCCAACGGCGCCGACCGCACGGCUCACUCGGUGCUCCUGGACCUCCGCUCCAACGUGCUGCACCCCGUACCCGCUGCCCACCAACCCGUCGUUCCUUGCCGGGCGGCGGUGGUACGCCACGACAUGAUCCUCCACGACGGCCGCGUGCUCAUCCUCGGCGGGCGGCGGCAGUCCAACCUCGAGUACUUCCCGCACGCCGAUGACGUGGCGCCGGCGCCGGCGCUGACGUUCUUUCCGUUUAUAGACGAGACGACGGAGCCCGACGCCGAGAACAACCUGUUAGCACAGUCAUCAGCAUGCUUUGGUGAGCUUGUUUGUAAUGUGAGUGCUUCUGCGACUGGGUUGACCGAGUUGGAAAUUCAGUGGACCAAGCAGCUGGACCAAG